UUUUAAUUGUUCUCAUUUAAAAAUGCUGGUAUCAAAAGCUAUCAGUCUUUUCCAGACUUUCUUCUCAGCAGCUAUUGUUGCCUCACCAAAUAUUACUUAUAAUGUUGUAUCAUUAGUUCCUAGUAACACAACUGUUGGUGUCAUUGUAGAUAACCAAAUCUACCCUUUAACGACAAUUAGUGAGGACUCACAUUUACUGCACUCGGGUGAAGCCCCUGCAUCUACAUCUUAUCAAUAUGUACUGCUUCUUAAGGACGAUAAUUCAAUUAUCGAAACCGAAAAUUUUACCCGUAAGGGCUCCAAAGAAAACACAUUGAAUGAAUACUACGGCAGGUCAUGGAACUCCCGCAAAAUUGAUAAGAUACCUGCUAUUCUUCCACCUCUUCCAAUUGUUAACCGCCUCAAAACCGAUCUUCAUAUCGCUGGCGAGAUCCCUACCAUUCACUUUAUUGGUAAUCAAACAGAAAUUGACUAUAUGCAUGCCAAUCAACGAACCGAUAUCGACGUUCAUCUGAAAAUGACCUACAUCAGUCCUAAUGUUGUAAAGAGCUUUCACAAUAUUACAAUCGGAAUCUCCGGACAUAGCACACGUUCUCUUUCUAAAUUAUCCUACAAAUUGAAUAUCCCAAAAGGUGAAAAUCUUUUCAAAUACCGUCGAUUCAAGCUGCGAUCCUUGGCUACCGAUGCAUCCUACAUCAGAGACGAACUAGCUUAUGGUAUUGCCGAAUCCGUUGGUAUUCCUGCAACCGGUUACAGCUUUGCUCGUCUUUACAUUAACGACCAACCAAUCGGUCUUUUUGGUCUAGCUGAGAUGCUCAAAAAUCCCUGGAUCAGAAAUGAAUUUGCAAAUGGAUCAAAGAAGUUUAAACAAGGUGCAUUAUAUGUUGCAGAUUUAUCUGGUGGUCGAGAGAUUAAGCACCUUGAUGGGCCUGGAGGACCUGGCGGACCUGGAGGACCCGGCGGACCGGGUGGUAACGGUAAUGAAGGAGGACCUGGUGGCGGAGGAGGAGGACCUGGUAGACCUGGUAACUGUAUUUCUGAUUUAUCGUAUCUCGGAGACGAUGUUUCUCGUUACAGUGCUGGUCAAUAUUCACUCAGAGAAAACCCUUCCAAGGGCCAAGCCAACUACACCCGUAUCAUGGACAUGAUUCAAUUUAUUCAUGACCAACCCGCCUCUGGUGUUGACGAUUCUGUUGUCCCUCUUUGGAAAGAAAAAAUGGAUACCGACAGUUUCCUUCGUGGUUUAGCUCAUGAAGUUGUUAUUUCGAAUGCUGAUGGUUAUUUUACCAUGGCCAACAAUUAUGUCUUGUAUGAUGACUUGAAGCACAAGCGUAUUUUCUUCACAGGACAAGAUUUUGAUUUAUCUUUGGGUCAUACGAUAUUUAAUCAUACUUUGAUGAAUGGUGGUAACUACACCGAAUUUCCCUUCUUUAUGACUCGCCCCUUGAUGCCCAAGAUGCUUCAGGUACCCCAAUUUAAGAAAGAGUUUGAGGCGUUGAUUGUAAAAAUGACAAAAGAUCUUGUCAAUCUUGAUGUAUUGGGAAAUCGUAUUGAUCAACUUGCUGAUAUGCUCAUUGAAGAUGUUGCCUGGGAUAAGACUUGCGCUCGUAUGGGUAAAGAGAUCAGAAGAGGACCUAAAUUGAUCAAAGCACCUGCCAACGCAACCAAUACUGAUGAAUCCGAUAAGACAGUUGGUGCUGCUUCCUUUAUAAAUGAAAUGGACUUUUUACUUGCAGUGAAUGGCCCAACAAAUGUUAACAGUAACUUGGGUGUGAAGGAGUGGUUUGCUCUUCGUAGUGCUAAUAUUUUAGACUUUUUCAACCAGUAAUCUGUCUCAUAAAUAAUAUCUAUACCUCGUCGAUAUCGAUACAUAAAACAGACGAUCCAUAAUUUUGCCUCCCCCCUCCCCUUUUUUUUUAUUUUUUAUUUUUUUACCAAUGAUGCGCUAUUUACCAUAUUCCGCAGAUUUCGUUUUUGUAACAAUUUAC